UUGAAGGGCGCGGCCGAGGGGCGCGGGCGCAGCCGGAAGCUGGGGCGGGGCGCCCGCGCGGGAUGCGGUGAAGGGCAAGCGGCGCGGCGGCGGCGAUGAGUGCCUCGGCGGCCACAGGGGUCUUCGUGCUGUCCCUCUCGGCCAUCCCGGUCACCUACAUCUUCAACCACCUGGCGGCCCAGCACGAUUCCUGGACAAUUGUGGGGGUGGCUGCCCUCAUCCUGUUCCUGGUAGCCCUGUUGGCUCGUGUCCUGGUCAAAAGGAAACCACCCCGGGACCCGCUCUUCUAUGUGUAUGCGGUUUUUGGAUUUACCAGCGUGGUGAACCUCAUCAUAGGACUGGAACAGGACGGGAUCAUUGAUGGCUUCAUGACAUACUACUUGAGAGAGGGUGAACCGUAUCUGAACACGGCCUAUGGGCACAUGAUCUGCUACUGGGAUGGCUCUGCUCAUUAUCUGAUGUAUCUGGUGAUGGUGGCAGCCAUAGCCUGGGAGGAGAGUUAUAGAACCAUUGGCCUAUAUUGGGUCGGAUCUAUUAUUAUGAGCAUUGUUGUUUUUGUGCCAGGAAACAUUGUAGGGAAGUAUGGAACACGCAUUUGCCCUGCUUUUUUCUUAAGCAUACCAUAUACUUGUCUUCCUGUCUGGGCUGGUUUCAGAAUCUAUAAUCAGCCAUCAGAAAAUUAUAAUUAUCCCUCAAAGGUCAUUCAAGAAAUCCAAGCGAAAGACCUGCUGAGAAGACCAUUUGAUUUAAUGUUGGUUGUAUGUCUCCUUCUGGCAACUGGAUUUUGCCUGUUUAGAGGCUUGAUUGCUUUGGAUUGCCCAGCUGAGCUCUGCCGGUUAUAUACGCAAUUUCAAGAGCCCUACCUAAAGGAUCCUGCUGCUUAUGCUAAAAUCCAGAUGCUGGCAUAUCUGUUCUAUUCUGUCCCUUACUUUGUGAUGGCGCUUUAUGGCUUAGUGGUUCCUGGAUGCUCCUGGAUGCCUGACAUAACACUGAUACAUGCUGGAGGUCUAGCUCAGCGAAUACUUGCUCACGAAAUGAAUUCUCAUCUUGAGAGGAUAUCGGAUACAUUCAUCAUAGAAGCUCUCCAUUACCUUGAUUAGCACCCCGAGCUUGCUAAAACUGUCAUUCCUAAUUUAGAAGCUUUAUGUAUUCAUGAUCCCACUAACUUUAUCAAAAUCUGCUUUUAUUGUAAGAUCUAGUGAACUCCCAAGAACCUGUGACUUAAUAAUAAGAAAAAAAUCCUUGAAAAACUUCUAGAUCAGUACAAGUCAAUGGAAAACAUGGUUAGUAGUUAUUAGGCCCCUCAUUUCAGACCACUUAGGAAUCUGCCAAACCUGCUGCCUUCAGAAAUCAAAAGGUAAACUAAAAUGCAAUAAAACCAGGACACAUUUUACACCGAAGAGUUCCACUGGGGACUUUAACCCAAGUAUCUUUUCAUAUAAAAUUAAAGUUUCAAGUCUAAUUUGAAAAGUAUUACAGGCUGUUGAGAGCUACUUAUUAGCAUUUUUUGAAUCAACUGAAUUUUUCUCUGCUAAAAUAUCACUGAAAAUUAAAAGAAAAGAUAUAGUUAAUAUGGUUAAGACCAUGAGCUCUGGAGGCAGACUGGUUCGAAUCUCAUUCACUGAUCACUUCAGUGACCUUGGUCACUCACCUCUUUGAUCCUGUUUCCUCUUCUAUAAAGUAAGAAUAAUAAUAGUACCUUUCUCAUAGAGCUGCUGUUAAGGAUUUUAUGAGGUAAUAUGUGUAAAGGGCGUAGAGCAGUGCCUGGCACAUUAUGAGCUAUGGGCCUCUAUUGCUUUUGUUAAUAUUGUUGUUAGAAGCUUCCCAGUAAGAGUUCGGAGAAGUGCCUUAUGUUGCUCAGAAGAUACAUUAAUCUGUAGCUGUGUGUAUUGCAUAUAAUUACCUAAAAAUCAGAGAAACUGGAAAAAAAGCUCUGGGACAGAUUCACAAUGGGUUUGGCAGGGAGCCUGCCAUGCCAUCCAAUUAACAGCUCACAGCCAUGGAAGCAGGAGCAGUUCCACUUCAGUCAGGCAAUGCCAGUGCCCCUUCCCACCUGCUGCCUCAGGCUCUCCCACCCCCUGGCUAUGCAGAUGCCAUGUACUUUCUCACAAAAGGGUCUGGAGGCUCAUCUGUGGAUAAUUUGGUUGUCAAGAGUUGACUCUACUGGGGGACAAGUUUUAUUAAGUUUUUUCCUUUAUGGAAGCCUUUAAGAAAACCUGAAAGUAAAGGUUUAGGAAGAACAUGGAUAAUUGGGAUACUAAAGCAAAUCUCAUUUUAAUCAUUUGCUUCUGAUGUGAUUCAUCACUAAACAUCUCUUUUAGUAUUAAAACUAGAGCUUGGGUUUAAUGUCUUUUUACGUGCUUGUUAUCCUUUGGUGGAGACAGACAGUCUUGAAAUUGUCAAAAGAUCAGCAAGGGAAUCUAAAAACAAAGGGCCCAGGUUUUCAAGCAAGUAGAGUGCCAGAUCAUGAACAAGUAUUUCACUUGGGUUUUGUAUCUGUCUGUGGAAGAGCUCCAUGUGCUUGGCACUGUCCUAAGCACUUGACAAAGAUCAACUCAUUGAACCUGUAUAACAAUCCUACGAGGUGGACUCCUGCUUUUCAGGUGAGGUGCCAGAGGUAGUUACAUACCUAACACAAGGUCAUAUUGCUGGUUUUCGGUGAAGCUGGGAUUUGACGCUGUCAAUCUGGUUCCAGAUUCAGUGUUCUUAACCACAAGACUAUGGCGCUCAGAAAACCCUAAGAAACGGUAACACGGUUCUAGAUUAGCUAUUUAUACCGUAUCAGCCAAAUAGCCUGGCUACUGUCCCAAUGUUCACAUUAGUUUUUGCCUAUAAUAUUUAUGCGGACACACAAAACUCUUUCAAUUCUCCUUUUUGGAACCAAGAUUGUGAUUUUUAGUCAAAUUCUUUCCAGGUUGUCUCUAUAAGAAAACACAGCUAUUAAAAUUUAACCUUUUUCUUUGCCUUUAUUGCCUCAUUUUCCAUCCCAACCAUCCAUUCUUAAAAAAAAAGACAAAGUAAAUCUGUUAACUAAAUUUAAGGUGAAAAAUGAUUUAGAAUGAAGUAGAAGAAAAAUUACCAGGGGCUCAACCUCAUAUCACUGAAUUUUGGAGAAAUUUCUGGGACCCAUAACUUGAACAUGUAAUCUUGGCCAUGUGUCAGUUCAGCAGCACUGAGGUCACCAAGCCACCAGAUCCUACUAGCACAGUGCUCAGGCUGAGCUCUUUGGCCCUGUCAUAAGGAGGUCUCAAAUGCUGGUGGGAAAAUCACCCAGGAGACACGGUGCAGCCCCUUAGCAGCUAUGUGCUUGGGAAGGGAACCCUUCUCAACUGAGACUGAGGGUUUCCUGAAACUUCAGCACCCUGGAAACUGGACGCCGUAUGUCUUGGGAGGAAGCUAUGGUCAGGUUGCUCACUCAGCUAGAGGGGAGGCCACUAUAAAUACACCCAUUAGAACCAUGAGCAGUACCGGAACUGCAGAAAAUUGGCCUCAGGCUCUUUCUCUCAAUUACAUAUCUCUUUUGAUUAGAAAUGCAAUCAUCUUUGCCCCUUGUUAAACAAUUCUGAAGCAAAAGGCCUACUAAGAUAGGUAUAAAAAUACAGAAAUGCUUUGUAGAAGCUUUUUUGUAUUUUGUGUUUUUUUUUUGUAUUUUGACAGUCACAAGACCAUUACUGUUGAACGUUUAUUGAGCUCUAACAAUGUGAUAGGUGCCACACAAAACAUCAGACACAGUACCUGCCCGGUGGGCUUACAAUCUAAUCUAAGGACAUUUUUUAAUGUUGCCAUGAGUUUGCUGUUUGUGAAAAUGAGGUAUUAACUGCACCGGUUAGUGCAGCAAAAAAGCCUAUGAAAUCAGACUUUUUAGCAGGUUCCCUAUGCAAGUAGGCAUGAUUGCUCAUAUUAUUCUCUCAAACUAUGGUUCGCAUUUCCCCAAAUUUGGUGAUUUUUGAGAUGUGUGUAAGUGUCUAUAAAGAUAGACACCAAAUGCACAUUUCUUAAAACCAUGGUUCAAAUCUGGCUUCUAGUCCAGAAGAAAAAAUUUAGUUACAUAUUCAGAAAAAUACUGUUAUUCAAAAUAGGCCCUAGAAGAAAAUAGUGAUGGGGGCCAAGUUCCUGUUCAGUGUUCCUAGAAUGUCCACAAGAGCAGCUCCUCAGGGCAGCCUCUCAAAUGCCCUUUACUCUCAAGGUCUUUUGUCUUCAUAGCCCAGAGAUGAAAUGUUUAACGUUUGCUGGGUUCUGUUUGGGCAUGUGCCCCGGGGGAGGUGUGUUUGAGGACAGAGCCCUCUCAGUGCCUCACAGAUCACAAUGCAGACAAUUCCUGCGUUGGCAUUGGCGUUGGUCCCUGGGUCCUUGGCAACACACCACACUAAUUUAAUUUCUAUCUCCAGAAAGCAGCAAAACUACCAGAGGCCCCCAGAAUGUAUCAGUAACUUGCAAAAACGUAACCUGUUAAAAUCUGUCACUGACACAAUCUGUAUACAUACUGCUUAUGAAAACUUGUCCUUUGCUCAUCAUAGUAAAGUCAAGUGCUAAGUAACACUUUUAUCUGUGUUAACCACUUAGCAGAAUAAACUGAUUUAUUAACCACUUAGCAGAAUAAACUGAUUUCAUAUGGAAGGAAAUGUAAGAUAACUCAUAUGUAUUUAAAGCAAAUUUAGUUUUCAUUCUUGUUACUUCUGUGCCUUCUUUAGAUUAUAGUAUCUUCUGUCUCUUCACUUUGAUCCUGAUGAACUAAGUCACCACUUAUUACAUUUAGAUUCCCAAUCCUUUAUUUGCAUAUAUCUUGAAUUUCAGUAAGAUAUGAAAUGCAGACUCCAGGACUGCAUUCUGUAAUGGUACAAGGAUCCUGAGGAAAUACAUUCACAGAAUCCUUUUCUAAUAGUUUCCCCUGUGCUUAUGAAAAGUAUCAAAAAAGACCAACUGGCACAUUCUGAAUGUAUGUUCUCAACAAGUAAUCUAAGUACAAAUGGGAAGCUCUUGCCUUUCUGUUUUGUAAACUCAGAUUAUGCUGACAAGCCAUACUUCCAAAUAAUUUGAUUUGAAAAGGUUGCCUGCAUGUAUAUUUGCCAUUUUAUAAAGAGCAACCAAAUCCCUACCCCCACCUUAUCUUACAAAACCCUUAGUAUUUUUUAAGUUGCAUAAAAAACAAAUAUGUGAAUAAAUAAACAAACAAAUGCAUAACGAAGGGCUUUGAGCUCUUGCUCCAAGGAGUAGGUGAAAGAACUGAUAAAUGAAGCUGAGGCCCUCCCUCAGUGCUUCUCUUUAAAUAGUUAGGCUAAAAAUAUUUUAAGCUGUCUAUAAACUCUGUACUUGCUUCAUUUUUAUUGGAACACAUUUUUUUUUGUGAGCCACAACUGAGUUCCUAUAUAGGAUAUCUCCAGAAUGUAAAUCAGGAAAAAGCAGAUUUUAUUCAGAUUUUUUGUCAAACUGAGCCACUACUCUCUGGUAUGGGGGCACUAGAUGCGUUAAAAAACAGCUAGCCUGAUAAAGACGUGCUAAAGAAGGUUUACUUUAUUUGAACAGUUAAGUCAAGAAUGGCCCUAAAUUCAAUGAAAUAUUGAAGACUUUGGAUUGUUUGAAAGUCCUGGUUUUGAGGGCACAGGAGCAUGGUCUGAAUGAACCAUUCAGAACUCAUCGUGCAUCCAACUAAACACAAAAUUCAUGCUUACCUCCCCCCGCUUUUUUUUAAUGCAACAGGCUCAGUUUUCUCACAUCGGUGCUUCUCUUCAUGCUAGAACUGCUUAUGUCUACAGAGUCCCUGA